CUUUUACGAUUUAUACUUUGUUUAUUGUUUAUCAGGCUUAAACUUCGAGAUUUGUUAUUAGUUAUGUAUCGCAAAUACAAGAAACGUGGCCAGAAGCCACUGAUUAGCAUCGAUGAAGAUAAGUCAAUCAAGAUACCACGUCCUGCGGACAAAGAAGCUGGCGACAUAGCGGAUGUAUCUGUGGCGUCGACUGCAAGUGGCAGCGAGGAGAAUAUUCCGGCCUCCCAGGAGCACACGCAGCGCUUUCUUUCACAGCAUAGUGCCAUCCUGGCGGCAACUCUGGGGCGCACACAGUCCUCCAGCCGAAACCUGUUGAGCCUGUCGCGGCAGCCAAACAACUUUUUCGAGCUCGUCCUGAUACGAGCCGGGGUGCAAUUGGAUCAGGGCGACACCCUUGUGCUGUCCUGCGACCAUGUCUCGAUAGUGUCAAAGCUGCGAGAUAUGUUCAUGAGUGCCCCGUCCUAUGCCGACAAGCUGGAAACCUUCAAGUCUGGCCUCAACACUGCCAUGGCGCCAAAGUCCAAGUUGUCUCAGAAACUCCUCACUGGCUGCACUGUGGAUGCAGCUGGUGAGGAGCAAAUCUAUCAGUCGCAGAACAGCAUGUUCAUGAACUUCCUAAUGAUCGAUUUUAUGCGGGAUCCGUGCCUGGAGGUGCUUCUAGACAGAAUGGAAGAGGUGGCCACAUCGGACCAAGUUAUUACGGGCCAGGGUGCUAUUGCAAUGCCAUUGCUGCCACUGAUGCUGGCACAGAUGCGCUACCUGACCCUUUCCCACAAGGAGCAGAUCUAUAGGCGUAUUGAGGGUAUCUUCAACAGGGCAACCGACUCGUCUAAAUUGGAUAUUAUAAACAAUGCAGAGUUUGUGCUGGAUGCCAGCAUGCACGAUGCAUUUGUCGAGUUGCUCUUUAUAAACUAUUCCUGCAGCGAAGAGCUCUUCAAUAUGACCACCGUGCACACAUUGAGUAACCUUUCGCUCUCAGCCAAGACCCAAGACAUGCUGCGCCUGCGUAUUCUAGAGUUCACUACAAGUGGCGCCUGUCCAGACACGACAUUGCCUCACCUUAUAAGACUUUUGUUGAACAGUCUUAAACUGGACACAGAUGACAGUGUGCGAGAGCUGGUUUCCACACUGCGCGAAAUAUUUAACUGCCGUCACAGAGCUCUUAACGAAAGCGGUGCACCGACAGCCAACGACAAGAAGUCACAACUGGACCUUUUUGGCUUUCUGGAACUGGGCCUGAUACGCUCCAAGCGAUUUUAUCAAAUGUGGCAGAGACUAAUAGCAACUUUGCCUGCAGACGGAUUCACCGCCCUUGACUUAAUAAUGAUUUUGUUGCUGAUCCAUGUGAAUGAAGACAACUCCCUGUACAUUGAGAACAUUCUUCGUCGUCGCAUAAAGCAAAACCACAUCACAGUAAACAUUCUCGAGGACGUUAAGCUGCACUAUCCGCACAUUUUGGAACAAAAUAUUAGCACGCUGAUGCACAUCCUGCACGACUUCAUGUGCGAAAAGAAUGCAGCCGUGGCAGAGUUUGCAAAGUCCUCGUAUAGCGUACUCUUUACGAUUUUUACAUCAAUUCAGAAGAAUAUUCUGAGGAAGCUACUUGAACUGGCCUGUGACAAAUCAUCGCAACACCUUACCACAAUGGCCUUGCACUUGCUGCGCGAGCUGCUGCGUAAGAGCUUCAAGGAUGUGCAGAACUGUGCGCCUCUCUUCUUGCCAAUGCUGGAUCGGUUAAGUGAUCUAACACUGCCGCAAACUCGCCUGGCCAUGGAAGUGCUUUGCAACUUGGCUUUUCCGGAGCCAAAGCUACCCGAAUCGCUGCAGCUUCAGGAGCAAGUGGAAAUGGUGGUGAAGAAGCAGCUGAUCAAUCGAACCGAUUAUGUGAAGAAGCAAGGCAUCAUUGGCAGCGUGCAGCUAAUUAAUGCCAUUGCGUGCACUGAGGAACACAGUUUAGACGACGGAAGCCAGGACUUUUCGCCCGUCGUGGACUCCAUAGAUGGCUUGCCCGACGGUCGCCCCAAAGUGGCAGCCAACUUGAUAAUUCUCACCGAAUCAUCCAUCAUCAACAGUGCUGAGUCUCUGGCGCUGUUUUAUGAAGAGUUGGCCACCGUUAUAUCUCAAAGAUGUCCCAUAUCGUCAUAUUGGAACGAUAAAUACUUUACCAUGUGGCUCUGUGAGCUGAUGACCUUUCGCUUUCAGCAAAGCUUCGUUACCGAAGACAGUCCAAAGCCAAUCAAGGGUAUCUAUCUGGAAUAUCAAAAGAACAUCAAUGAACUGGACGAAUCGAAUAUCAAUUCGGAAGCGGAGGUACUCAGCAUUGGCAUAAAUAUAUCCAAGCUUGUCCUAAUGCCCAAAAACGAAGCCUCUGAGUCUAUAUACGUGAUGACGCCUCUGUUUUAUCUUGUGAGAAUGCUACACCAAAAUAGCUACCAUGGCAGCCUGGAGCUGAUCAAUGCCUUGCUUGGCUGCGCAAUCGUACUGCCAGCGUUCUUCGAGGACGAUAGCUACGUCGCCAUUUUCGACAAUUAUGACGAGGAGCAGCAGAAACAUAUUCUUAGCAUUUAUUUCCAUACCAUCAACUGGAUAAGGGUAACAAUCAGUGCGUUUGCAGCUCAGAUUCACCGUGGCACUCGCGAACGUGUGUUGCUACGUUUGGGUGAAUUAAUAAGCAUCGAGCAAAGGAUCAAGGCGCUCUUGACCCAUGCGCCUGAUGACUUUGUAGCUCCUCCAUAUCAGUUCCUCGACCAUUCAAAGCAGAAAGUUACGCUGCACAAACGGCAAGGCGGCAUGGCCAAGGCACAUGAAACCCCACUAACCGAAGACGACAUUUGUAAUCAAACGACACUGGGGGAUUUUACACUCAAGGUGGCUCCCUGCAAGACGACCAACAAAACCAAAAUUGACUUUGAGGAGUUGUACGGACCACUGGAGAGGUACAGACCAAUGGAUGUGCGCAUCUUGGUGUUACUGGAGAAGCAAGAACUAUCCUUGAACUAUCCACUGGAUGAUAAGGAAAAGGGCAACGCUUUAGGCUUGUUGGAGCUACGUUUCCUGCUUGAAGAUGUGGUCCAGAAACUAAAAGCUACAGUCCAUGACCAGCAGGACUCCCUAGAUUCAGUUUUCCUCCAUCCGCACCGUGUCAGUCCAGAGAGCUUUAUACAUGAUAUAAGUAAAUCGAUGCCUGAUUUAAAUAAUCAUCUGAAAGUUCUAGCCGCAGCCAUUGAUGAGGAGUUGGUUAAGGUCAACUAUGUGUACAGCAAUUUGGAUCUGUUCAAGGAACGAUUUAACUAUAUCAAAACUUGCUUUGGCCUAGCCAUUCAGUAUUUUGCAUUGUACUUCUCCUGGAGCGGCUGGAGUGAUGAAUCGAAUGCCAAAGAGCUGCACGAUUCCCUGAGCAUAUUGAAGGCGUCACAUCUUCCUGCUCAAGAGGUUCCCACAUCCAAAAAGCAAACUAUUCCGAAACUGGCCACCUGGAACUUUGACUACUUUGUAAAGUACGAAAAGUCGGUACUGAAUCUGAGCACGGCUGUUCAACUACACCGACUGCUGUGCAGUUUGCGAAAGCUGGCAGCUGCUGGGGAUGAUGCCAACCAGACGGGAUUAAGGCUAGCCGAAGACACACGCGUACUCUGUGAUAAGUUGCUGCGCCGCAAGUGGUUCCACUUCUCAAGCAGCUUGCACAAAGGAGCUCAGUGCAAUAUAUACCUGGAUGAACUGGUUAAGGGCUUCCUCAAACACUCGACUUUUGCGCGACAGAAGGAACUUCUCAAUGAGCUGAUCAAGGAGUGCACAAUUCUAAAUACAAAGGACAAGGCCCUGAAUUCCUUUCCAAACUUCAAGAAAGCCAACUUUCCGUUGCUGUUUCGUGGACUGUGUGAGGUGCUAAUACACUCGUUGAAUGCUCAAGUGACAGCGGAAAAGGAAGGAGAUCGCCUGAGGGUGUGGGAGUCUACAGUGAACAUGUUGAAUGGAUUGCUAAAAAUCGUGCAGCUUGUGGAGCAGCCACGCAAUUUCGGACUAUUCCUCAAACAUUCGCAGCACUUCCUGAAGCUUUUGCUGCUGCGUGGCAUGUCCGUGCUCGAGACCAUAGUGCGUGACGAUCCAGAGAGGAUAACAAAGUUUCUGCAAGAGCUGCAGAAGGUGACCAGGUUCCUGCACCAGUUAUGCUGUCAUUCAAAGUCCAUCAAAAAUACGGCCAUCAUAAGCUACAUUCCCAGUCUGCGGGAAACCAUAGAAACACUGGUAUUUCGGGUCAAGGCGCUUCUGGCAGCCAACAACUGUCACUCUGCCUUCCACAUGGGCAACAUGAUCAACAGAGAUCUCCAUGGGGAUUCCAUCAUAACGCCAGUGGGCUCCUUCAUCAGCGAGGAAAACAGCGACGAAGAGCUACCCGCAGACGAUACCAGCGUGGAUGAGACAGUGCUGGAUGGGCCCACAGGCAUCGGCAACAUUAGUUCCAGCACCAGACCGAGUACCAAUGGAUCCCGGAGCAAGUCCUCGUCGCGCAGUAAAUGUUUCUAAAUAUUGUACAACUUUAACUUUCAGAAAUAAAAUCAUAAUUGACA